AUGUCAGACGCCGCCGCCGCCGUGCAGGCCGUCGUACAGGUCCUCACCCUCGCCGUCUCCCAGGAUCCGGCCCAGCUCAGCCGCGCCAACCAGCAGCUCGAGGAGUGGGAGAGGGAACCCCGCUUCUGGCUCAUCCUCCUCCAGAUUGCCUUUGACCGCGAUCAUAGCACUGCAGAUGCCACCGCCACCGCCACCACCGCACACCAUGCCAUCCGCACCCUCGCCAUCAUCCGCUUCAAGAACGGCGUCGACAAGUUCUGGCGCUCCCGCGUCGUCGCGCGCGUCACCGUCACCAUCCCCGCAGACGUCAAGCACCAGAUCCGACACGCCCUCUUCCAGUGCCUCUACGAGCCAGACCGAACAAUAGCCCUCCAGGCCGCCGUCGCCAUAUCCAGAAUCGCCCGCAACGACUACCCGCGAGACUGGCCCGACCUCUUCACCAACCUCCAGCGCGCCAUGGUCGACGCCCACGCCGCCCUCGAGCGCCUCGGCCCGGCGCCCCUUGCCCCGUCGACAGAGGACCCGGCAUCCCACAGCGCAAGGCUGCUCAACACCACCAUCCUCAUGCGCGCCGCAGACGUGUGCGCAAAGACGCUCAAGGAGCUCGAGUCGGUCAAGAUCCUCGCCGGAAAGAUGCGCAUGACUGAGCUCUCGCGCGAGCUCCUCCCCAGCCUCCAUCCCAUCUUCCAGCAGUACUUUGCCGAGACCUUUAGCCUCCCUCGGCCGCGAGCAUCUCCAUCCGCGUCGUCAUCGGCGUCUCCCUCGACGUCGACGACGACCUCGGCUGCGCCCGCCGACCUCGCCUCGCUCUCGGCGUGGGCAUCGGCCCCGCUGCGCGCCGAGCAGGUGCGCACCAGCCACCUUCUGCUCAAGGCCAUCUCCCGCCUCGCCGUCGCCGACAUGGGCAUGAUCUCGCGCACCGCCUCGGCCGAGGGCGGCAACAGCGAAAACCGCGCCCUCGCCUUCUUCCGCUCCACGCCCCACGCCCUCCAGACGCUCAAGGACACGCGCCUCGCCUACCUUGGCUUGCUGCGCUCCUCCUCCACCUCGUCUUCGUCUUUGCCGUCGUCGUCGUCGUCGUCGUCGAUGGCCGGCGGGACAUCGCUGCUGGCCGCCCUGACCAAGCACCUGCACUCGUUUGGCAAGUUCUUCCUGUCGCUCAUCCAAAAGGACAAGGGCAAGGCCGCCUUCUGGGACGGCUGGACCGACGUCGUCGGCUGGUACUGGGUCCAGGCCAAGGACGUGUCGCCCGACAGCCUGGCGGUACCGCGCGACCGGUACGCCGACCACGGCGCGCUGAUCGACUACCCGCCGCGCUUUGUCGUCCAGGCGCUGGUGCUCUUGAAAAAGUCGCUCGUAGAGUGGAAGGGCAAGCCCGAGGCCGGCGUCUUUGGCUCGCAGCCGUUUGCCAUCGAGGCCACCGACGUCCUCGUGCGCAAGCUCAUGCGCCUCAACGCCGACGACCUCGAGCGCUGGCAGGCCGACCCCGAGGAGUGGAGCGUGGGCGAGGAGCAGGAAAACUACGAACUCGACAUCCGGCCCGCCGCCGAGCGCACCCUCAUGGUGCUGGCGCAGCACACCAAGCCCAUCGGCGUCGUCGGCGAGCACCUGUGGAAGCACCUCGAGGCCACGGCGGCCCUCUCGCCGGACGCGCUCGACGACGUCCUGACGCGCGACGCCGUCUACGCCGCCGUCGGCCGCUGCCGCGACUACCUCUGCCGGCCCGGCGGCCCGGAUGGCGACGACGACGGCGACGACGUGCCGACCGCCAACCAGCGCAUGGGCCGCAGCUCGGCGAGCCCGCUGUGGAUUGUGGUGCGGCGGCGGAUCGCGUGGCUGCUGUGGGAGUGGUCGGAGCAGGUGCUCGUCGAGUCGCGGCCGGCCGUCUACGCGCUGCUGGUCGAGCUGCUGUCGGACGUGCCCGGGCGCACCGACGUGGCCGUGCGGCUGGCGUCGGCGCGCUGCAUCGCGGCGCUGGCGGAUGCGCUCGAGUUCGACGCCGACGGCUUCAUGCCCUACCUCUCGGACGCGCUCCAGAGCCUGGCGACGCUGGCGGCGGCGAGCGAGCUGCACGAGAUGGAGAGCAUCAAGACGUGCACCGACUCGCUCUCGGUGCUCAUCGAGCGCAUGGGCCCGCGCGUGGCGCCGCACUCGGACGCCCUCGUCGACCUGGUGCCGAUGCUGUGGCAGCAGGAGGACCCGGACUGCAAGGCCAAACCGUCGGUCAUCGUCUUCAUCUCCAAGAUCCUGCGCGCCAUCGAGCUGCUGCCCGCCGAGGGGCAGACGGCGGCGCUGACGGCCAAGCUGCACGGCGUCGUGGCGCCCAUUGUGCGCGACUCGCUGAGUCCGGCCGUGUCGCACCUGCUGGCCAAGGACGCGCUGUCGCUCCUCUACGUGCGCGCGCUCCACUCGACGGCGACCAUGACGCCGCCGCUGCUCCACGUCCUCGAGCUGGCAAAGGACCUCAUCGCCCAGCCCGACUACUGCGUCGAAAUCUGCCGGGCCAUCGAAGAGGUGUCGAUGCUGAGCCCGCUCGCGAUGCUCGAAACGUACGGCCGCGACAUCCUGUCGGCCUUUGCCGCCAUCCUGGCCGAUCCGAGCAGCCCCAUGGUGCUGGCGCCCGUCGCGGCGCUCGACACCUUGGUCCAGGCGCUGGCGGGCCUGCCCAACUGGCUCGAGGUGCGCGACACGUGGAUGCAGGUGCUCGACUCGACGGGCAUCGUCACGGCCCUCGUCGGCUGCCUGCUCCACACAAAGGAGUCGGCCAGCAUCGCCACCCACUUUGUCGGCCUCGUCUGCCGCAUCGCCUUCUACGCGCCCGGCGCGUCGUUCCUCGGCCUCAUCCGCUCCGCGUCGAGGCACGCGCACAUGGCAUCGACCUACCCGGACUCGACGCUCAUCUGGCCGCCCCUCGUCUCGCUCGUCUGCCAGCGCUUUGAAAACAUGGCGUCGGCGCGCAAGCGAAAGGUGACGGCGCUCGGCCUCGCCGCGCUCCUCGAUGCCGCCGUCGUCGAGCAGGGCGUCUCGCCGGGCAACGCCGACACGCGCGAGGUGUUUGCAAAGGUGCCCGACAUGAUUGCCGUCUGGUCCGAGGCGGUGGCCGAGAUCCGCGAGAGCCGGUCAAACGACUUUAGCAAAUACACGCGCCCGACGUCGCCGAUCGCGUCGAUGGAGCUCGACGCCUUUUUCGACGACGACGACGACCUCGGCGGCGGCAGCGGCGGCGGGUGGCUCGAGGACACGUCGCCUGGCUCGGCGCGCGCGCGCCACAUUGCGCUCUCGGACCGCGCGCUCACCGUGUCGCUGGCGGCGCACCUCUCCGAGGUCCUGACGCGCGCCCAGACCCAGGACGCGACGGGCUCGUUUGCCGCCGUCAUGCAGACCAUCGAUCCGCUCGUGCUCGACAUGUUCCGCAGCGACCUGGCAUCCGCCUGA